CGUUAAUGAAAACUCGGCAGGCAGCCCAAUUUGAAUGCAAAGAGAUUCCUACCACCCCCCUGUCUCCCAAGUAUUUAUCGAUCUUUUUCCUCUGUUACAACCGAGCUUUCCGAGGAGAGUCUCCGAGCUGUUUGUCUGAACAAAACCAGAGACGGAAGAAGGAACAAGGAGGAACGACAACCAAAAUGUUACGCUUCAGAUCACAGGCUUUCCUUCUCCUUCCUGCCUUUCUCGUCAUAUUUUCUACCUUCUUCUCGUUUUCUCAUGGGGUUUCUCAGCUUCACCAUCUCCAAACGACACCCAUAACAGGGGUGAUGAAUGAGGAAUAUGGUGGGUUGGUUUCAUGGUGGACGAGGCCCGUUGUCGAGGAGACAAAUGCCAACAUUUCGUCUCUUGUAUUAGCUAAAGAGAGAACUUACAGGACAGACCCUCUUGAUGGUUACAGGCAUUAUACCGGUGGAUGGAAUAUCAGUGAAGAACAUUAUUGGGCUUCUGUAGGUUUUACUGCAGCUCCCCUGUUUGCCAUUGCUGCAAUCUGGUUCGUGGUCUUCGGGCUCUGCUUAUUGCUCAUGUUUUUAUAUUUUUGCUGUUGUCAUCGAAGGCCUUAUGGUUAUUCUCAAGCAGCCUAUGCUUGCUCUCUUAUUUUUCUUAUUCUCUUCACCAUAGCUGCAAUCCUUGGAUGCAUUAUUCUGUACACAGGGCAGAGUAAAUUUCACAGCAGUACAACAAAUACACUGGAUUAUGUUGUGAAUCUGGCAAAUACCAUUGCAAAUGAUCUUAGAAAUGUAUCAGAUUAUCUUUCUGAUGCAAAGAAGAUUGGAGUGAAUCAGGCUUUCCUACCUUCUGAUAUUCAGACCAAGAUUGAUGAUGUUGGAACAAAGGUCAAUUUUGCUUCUGCCACUCUUGAAGAGAAGACGCUGGAUAAUUCUUAUAGGAUACAGAAUGUCUUGGAUACCGUGAGACUGGUUCUUAUCAUACUCUCUGCUGUAAUGCUUCUCUUGGCAUUUCUUGGUUUCUUGUUUUCUAUUCUCGGCAUGCAAUGUCUUGUAUCCGUCUUGGUGGUCAUUGGGUGGAUUCUUGUUACAGCCACAUUUAUUUUGUCUGGAACAUUUCUUCUUCUUCACAAUGUGGCUGGAGACACAUGUGUUGCAAUGGCCGAGUGGGUGACACACCCAACUGCCCAUACAGCCCUUGAUGAUAUUCUUCCUUGUGUGGAUGAAGCAACUGCCAAUGAAACCUUGAUUAGAACCAAGGAAGUUACAAUCCAACUGGUGAACAUGAUCAACGCUGUCAUCACCAGUAUCUCUAAUGUCAACUUCUCGCCCAACCUCAGACCUCUUUAUUUCAAUCAAUCUGGUCCACUGAUGCCUCUUCUCUGCAACCCAUUUCUUCCUGACUUCACUGAUCGGCAAUGCGCCACUGGGGAAGUGGAUCUCAACAAUGCCACACAGGUGUGGAAGAAUUAUGAGUGUCAGGUUUCAUCAGAUGGGAUUUGUACCACAGUAGGCCGUAUUACCCCAGAGUACUACAACCAGAUGGCAGCAGCAGUGAAUGUGAGCUUUGGGCUGAACCAUUAUGGUCCAUUCUUAGUUCAUCUGGUAGAUUGUGGCUUUGUACGUGACACAUUCCAAUCCAUAACCACAAAUCACUGUCCUGGUCUGUCACGAUACAGUGAAUGGAUCUAUGUUGGCUUGGUCAUGGUCUCAGUUGCUGUGAUGCUCUCUUUGAUAUUCUGGGUGGUUUACGCUAGAGAGAGGCGGCACCGAGCAUACACCAAACAGGUCAUUGUCAGAUCAGGAGGAUAUUAUGAUGACAAGUUCCCAUAGAAAAUUUCUAGUUCCGUCUAUCUUUUUUGGCAGGUGGGCGGCUAUUUGCUCUUUUGACUCAGGUGCUCCAUCUGUAUUUUUGUAUGUGAUACAUUUGACAACCCAAACUAGAAUUCAGGGUGGUUUGAGGUUCUCUGAGUAUUAUUUACCCAUUGGAUCGAGAUGGCAUCUGCUGUGAUCAUGGCGCACAAAAAUCUUGCCACUGCCUAAUAAUAAAACAUGCACGUACACGGCAAGGAUGCAAGAGUACCUCUGAAAAGGGGGGAGAGGAGUUUUGAGGCUUUUUUUUUUUUUUUUUUUGUUGGGCGGUUGGUUACACGAAGCAGAUCUGAGGUCGGUCCACUGGGUCAACUUGGUAUCUAUCACUAUUCUGUGAGAAACCGAGAAUUGAUUGCAUGUUCUUGUUAUCAAAUGCCUCGGCUGAGGAAUAUUUUUGUAGCUUUCACAUGGGUCAUUUUAGCCCAUUUUGUGUUCUUGUACUUGUUUGGCAAACCAACCCAUAUUUUGCAUAUUCCAUGGCGACAUGUGAAUCUAAGCAAGUCAAUAAAUGAUUUACUGAUUCCAUCGAUGAA